AUGCGCGGUGUGCAGGCGUGGGGCCUGGCGCUGCCGCAGCUGUGGCUGGGCGCGGGGCUGGGCGCCACGGACGCGGCGCUGGCACCGGCGCUGCUGGCGCGCCGCCCGCGCCGCCUGCCGCAGCUCGCCGCGCUGCUGCAGGCCGCCGCCAGUGCUGCCUAUGCGCUGGGUCCAGUGGUGGGUGGAGUGCUGUCGUGGGCAGUGGGCUUUGAAACAGCGCUGCGGACCCUCGGCGUUGCCAAUCUGCUGUACGCGGGUUUGCUCUAUCGUGCGCUUGUAGCUCAUCCUCUCUCUGCACAGUGGGGCGCGGGGACUCCCACUGAUGAUGACAGCGACGUGGAUGGUGCCGAGUUAACACCGCUUCGCUAA